GAAAAGAUAACACACAAGCACUGGAGCAUUUAGUUCUUAAAGCGGAAUAAAAAUUACAGAGUCAUCAUAGCUCGGCAAUUAGACCGUGUGUAAAGGGUUAUGUAGCGCUCGCAAACAAAAACAAACAGAAAACAUUACGCUCUUUUGGCAAACAUUCAAUAAGUAAAUUUGUUGUGCAUAUAUAAACAAUUAUAAAUACGAAGAGCAACUAAAUGAGCGGCACGCUGUCAUUGCCAAACAACGCCGACGGCGCUGCUAAUGCUGUGCUUCAAGCGAAUAGAAUGGACGUAGAGGUACCCAAGAAUAACGGUUUCUGGCUCUGGCAAUGGUUAUGUAAUUGGACCUCCACCUCACCUACGAUGUUGCGCGCCGUUGAGAAAAAGAUACUCUCCUAUUUAAAGCUGCCCUAUCGUGGCUUUUUCGUGGACGUUGGUCCCGCUGUGGGCGAAGCAGACAAAAUAUGGACGCUAAGCAUGAAUACUGAUUCCAAGGAAGUGCCGCUAGUGUUGCUGCAUGGUUUAGGUGCUGGCGUAGCUCUAUGGGUUAUGAAUCUGGAUGCCUUUGCCAAGGAUCGUCCAGUGUAUGCCAUGGAUGUGCUGGGCUUUGGACGCAGUUCCAGACCGCUAUUCGGCAAGGAUGCAUUAGUCUGUGAGAAACAGUUUGUCAAGUCUGUCGAGGAAUGGCGUCGUGAGAUGAACAUCAAUAAUAUGAUAUUACUGGGUCACUCCAUGGGCGGCUUCAUUGCAUCCAGCUAUGCUCUCAGCUAUCCCGAACGUGUGCGGCAUCUUAUACUAGCCGAUCCUUGGGGCUUUCCCGAGAAACCUGCCGACUCAACAAACACCAAACAAAUACCGUUAUGGGUGCGCGCUGUAGCACGCGUGCUGACGCCAUUAAAUCCACUCUGGGCACUACGUGCCGCUGGUCCGUUCGGUCAGUGGGUGGUGCAAAAGACGCGUCCGGAUAUAAUGCGCAAAUUUCAACAGACCAUUGAGGAGGAUAUCAAUCUGCUGCCACAGUACAUACAUCAAUGCAAUGCUCAGAGUCCCAGCGGCGAGUCAGCAUUCCAUAGCAUGAUGCAAUCCUUUGGCUGGGCCAAGCAUCCCAUGAUACAUCGCAUCAAGGACGUGCGCAGCGAUAUACCCAUUACCUUUAUAUAUGGUUCACGCAGCUGGAUUGACUCCAGCUCAGGCGAGAAAAUCAAAGCACAGCGCGGCACCAAUAUGGUUGACAUCAAAAUUGUCACAGGCGCCGGUCAUCAUGUCUAUGCCGACAAGCCAGAUGUCUUUAAUCGCUAUGUCAACGAGACCUGUGAUAUAUACAAAAUCAAUGAGCCGCAGUUAUUGCAAUCUAAGCCAAUGCCGCCGAUGCCGCCGCAGCUGCUCAAUGAAUCGGAUGAGGAGCCGAAUUUACCAACAGCAGCGUCAGUGGAAGUGAAGCCAGAGGCAACACACGAGUCUAGCACGACCAGCGCUGCGGCAGAUUUAGCGGAUGUUAAGCGUAAAUGAAUCGUCGAAUCAUGGAUUCAUGAAUCAUGCAUAAAUUAUAUCUUUAUAUAUAGCACUACUAGCCUUGUAUCUAUUCUAUUAGCGUUUUUGCCUAGUAUUAAAUGGUUGUCUUAUAUAUAUAAUUAAACACAUCGUGUGCCUUAUAUCAAUUAUCAACAAUGACCACUCGACUUGGCGUGAUUCAAUGCUGGACAGCGGUACAAAGUGCAAAAUAUCCGCUCUUGAUAAACGUCAUGAAAGUUCUUGAGUUUAUCAAGCUUUAAGCUCGCUCUGUUGCUAACUUGAUGGCAGAGAAGUCUGAUGACCUGACCUAGGAGACCCUUUUGCAAAUAUAGUUUGAUGUGAAGAUUAGCUAAU